CGCGAGGCGAUUCGCCGUCUCUGUUGCAGAUGGCGGAGCCGGACAGCGGGCGCUGCUGUUAGCUAGUAUCUGCUCCGUGUGUCAAUGAAACCUCUCUAAUUCCUCUCCUCUCCGCGCGCUUCGUCCUCCGCUUCGUGGCUGUUAUGCGCCUUGUCCGCGUGAGGCUGUAGGGCUGCUCUCGGCGCGCGCGUUUUGUACAGUAUUUAUUAGAGAGCGCGGAGCCCGGUUAGCAUCUUUGUUGAAGUUUAGGCCGCUCGUCCAUCUUAACAAUAGCGGCCGCCGCACCGCUUCCAGCCGCUCCGCACCGAGAAGGAAGAACAUGAAGCUGCCGCAGGCUGCGGCUUCCAGCGACUGAGACGUUGUGUUAUGGUGACGGCCUGCUGCGGGUAGAGGAAGCGAGGACAUUUUAGCGAAGCCGCAUCGUUCACACACGCAGCGAGGGAGGCUCCGGACCACAAAGGAAGAUGUCUAACGGGGCUGCGGGGAGCGGGGGUCUGGGCUGGCUGCAGGAGGCGGCGAACGGCAGGGGGGACGCCGGCAAGACCGAGGCGCCCAAGAAGGAGAAGGCCGGCAAGCUGUCGGUGGAGCGGGUGUACCAGAAGAAGACCCAGCUGGAGCACAUCCUGCUGCGUCCCGACACCUACAUCGGCUCCGUGGAGCCCAUCACCCAGCAAAUGUGGGUGUUUGACGAGGAGGUGGGGAUGAAUCAGAGGGAGAUCACCUACGUCCCCGGCCUCUACAAAAUCUUCGACGAGAUUCUGGUGAACGCAGCAGACAACAAGCAAAGGGACAAGAACAUGACCGCCAUCAAGAUCACCAUCGACCCAGAAUCCAACACCAUCACCAUCUGGAACAACGGCAAGGGAAUCCCCGUGGUGGAGCACAAGGACGAGAAGAUGUACGUCCCCGCCCUCAUCUUCGGACACCUGCUGACCUCCAGCAACUACGACGACGACGAGAAGAAGGUCACAGGUGGACGCAACGGAUACGGAGCCAAACUCUGCAACAUCUUCAGCACCAAGUUCACGGUGGAGACGGCCUGCAAGGAGUACAGACACAGCUUCAAGCAGACGUGGCAGAACAACAUGACCAAGACCUCGGACCCAAAGAUCAAGUUCUUCGACGGGGACGACUUCACCUGCGUGACCUUCCAGCCCGACCUGCCCAAGUUCAAGAUGGACAAGCUGGACAAGGACAUCGUGGCGCUUCUGACCCGCCGGGCGUACGACGUCGCCGGCUCCUGCAAGGGCGUCAAGGUCACGCUGAACGGCAAGAAGCUUCCGGUCACCAGCUUCCGCAGCUACGUGGAUCUGUACGUGAAGGACAAGCUGGACGAGACGGGCGUGGCGCUGAAGGUGGUGAACGAGACGGUGAACGAGCGCUGGGAGGUCUGCCUCACCAUGAGCGAGAAGGGCUUCCAGCAGAUCAGCUUCGUCAACAGCAUCGCCACCACCAAGGGAGGCAGACACAUCGACUACGUGGUGGACCAGAUCGUGUCCAAGCUCAUCGAGGUGGUGAAGAAGAAGAACAAGGCGGGCGUGUCCGUCAAACCCUUCCAGGUGAAGAACCACAUCUGGGUGUUCGUCAACGCGCUGAUCGAGAAUCCCAGCUUCGACUCGCAGACCAAGGAGAACAUGACGCUGCAGACCAAGAACUUCGGCUCCAAGUGCCUUCUGUCCGACAAGUUCAUCCGAGCCGCCACCAACUGCGGCAUCGUGGAGAGCAUCCUGAACUGGGUCAAGUUCAAGGCCCAGACGCAGCUCAACAAGAAGUGCUCGUCCGUCAAGCACAGCAAGAUCAAGGGAAUCCCCAAGCUGGACGACGCCAACGACGCCGGUGGGAAACACUCGUCCGAAUGCACCCUGAUCCUCACCGAGGGAGACUCGGCCAAGUCCCUGGCCGUCUCCGGGCUGGGCGUCCUGGGACGGGACCGCUACGGCGUGUUUCCCCUCCGAGGAAAGAUCCUCAACGUGAGGGAGGCGACGCACAAGCAGAUCAUGGAGAACGCCGAGAUCAACAACAUCAUCAAGAUCGUCGGGCUGCAGUACAAGAAGAGCUACGACGACGCCGAGUCGCUCAGGACGCUGCGCUACGGCAAGAUCAUGAUCAUGACCGAUCAGGAUCAAGACGGCUCCCACAUCAAAGGCCUGCUCAUCAACUUCUUCCAUCACAACUGGCCGUCCCUGCUGAAACACACAUUCCUGGAGGAGUUCAUCACCCCCAUCGUCAAAGCGACCAAGAACAAGCAGGAGAUGUCCUUCUACAGCAUUCCGGAGUUUGACGAGUGGAAGAAGCAGACGGAGAAUUACAAAACGUGGCACAUAAAGUACUACAAAGGUCUGGGUACGAGUACCAGCAAAGAGGCCAAGGAGUACUUUGCGGACAUGGAGAGACACCGCAUCACCUUCAAGUACAGCGGCGCCGAGGACGACGCCGCCAUCACUCUGGCCUUCAGCAAGAAGAAGACCGACGACAGGAAGGAGUGGCUCACCAACUUCAUGGAGGACCGGCGCCAGAGGAGGAUGCACGGCCUGCCGGAGCAAUACCUGUACGGGACUCAGGCCCGCCACCUGUCCUACAACGACUUCAUCAACAAGGAGCUCAUCCUCUUCUCCAACUCCGACAACGAGCGGUCCAUCCCCUCCCUGGUGGACGGUCUGAAGCCCGGCCAGAGGAAGGUGCUGUUCACCUGCCUGAAGAGGAACGACAAGCGGGAGGUGAAGGUGGCCCAGCUGGCGGGCUCGGUGGCGGAGAUGUCGGCCUACCAUCACGGAGAGCAAGCCCUCAUGAUGACCAUCGUCAACUUGGCCCAGAACUUCGUGGGCAGCAACAACCUGAACAUCCUGCAGCCGCUGGGUCAGUUCGGCACCCGGAUCAACGGUGGGAAGGACGCCGCCAGCCCCCGUUACAUCUUCACCAUGCUCAGCCCUCUGGCCAAGCUCCUGUUUCCCGCCGUCGACUCCAACCUGCUCAAGUUCCUGUUCGACGACAACCAGAAGGUGGAGCCGGAGUGGUACAUUCCCAUCAUCCCCAUGGUGCUGGUGAACGGCGCCGAGGGCAUCGGCACGGGCUGGGCCUGCAAGAUCCCCAACUACGACGUCCGCGAGAUCGUCAACAACCUCAUCAGGAUGCUGGACCACGAGGAGCCCCUCAUAAUGCUUCCCAAAUACAAGAACUUCAAGGGCGUGAUCCACGAGCUGGGCCAGAACCAGUUCCUGGUGAGCGGAGAGGUUUCCGUCAUCGACAAGAACACCGUCGAGAUCACGGAGCUUCCCGUGCGGACGUGGACGCAGGCCUAUAAAGAGUCGGUCCUGGAGCCCAUGCUGCAGGGCACCGACAAGACGCCGGCGCUCAUCAGCGACUACAAGGAGUACCACACCGACACCACCGUCAAGUUCGUGGUGCGCAUGUCGGAGGACAAGCUGGCGCAGGCCGAGGCGGUCGGCCUCCACAAAGUCUUCAAGCUGCAGUCCAGCCUCACCUGCAACUCCAUGGUGCUGUUCGACCACAUGGGCUGUCUGAAGAGGUACGACUCGGUCCAGGACAUCCUCCGCGAGUUCUUCGAGCUGCGGCUGCACUACUACAAGCUGAGGAAGGACUGGCUGCUGGGCAGCCUCGGCGCCGAGGCCGCCAAGCUCUCCAACCAGGCCCGCUUCGUCCUGGAGAAGAUCGAGGGGAAGAUCACCAUCGAGAACAAAUCGAAGCGGGAGCUGAUCCGCAUGCUGGUCCAGAAGGGCUACGAGUCCGACCCGGUGGUGGCCUGGACCAAGGCUCAGGAGAAGGCUCAGGACGAAGAGGAUCGCGACGGGAACGAGAGCGACGGCUCGGUGGACUCCGGAUCCUCGUCGGGGCCGAACUUCAACUACAUCCUCAACAUGCCGCUGUGGUGCCUGACCAAGGAGAAGGUGGAGGAGCUGCUCCGGCAGAGGGACCUCAAGAGAUCCGAGCUCAACGAUCUGCAGAAGAAGUCGUCGGAGGAGCUGUGGAGGGAGGACUUGGCCGUCUUCGUGGAAGAACUGGACAACGUGGAGACCAUGGAGAGAGAGGAGGUGAGCUCAGGGAAGGCCAUCAAGCUGGUGAAGGGCAAAGUGGGCAAGCCCAAAGUGAAGAAGCUGAACCUGGAGGAGACGCUGCCGUCCCCGUUCGGCCGCAGGGUGGAGCCGCCCAAGCAGGCCAUCAAGUCCGACGCCGCCAAGAAGCUCACCAAGAAGAAGAAGAGCGACUCGGACCUGGCCGUGAAGAUGGAGUUCGACGAGGAGGGCGGAGGCGACGGAGCGGCGGGAGAAAACUCGGUGGUCAAAGCCAAGACUCCCCGGGUCAAGAAGGAGAAGAAGGAGCCGGGCACCCCCAGAGUGAGGAAGCCCCCGGCGCCCAAGGGCAGCGCCACCAAGAAGGUGAAGAAGAGGAACCCCUGGUCCGAGGACGACUCCAAGUCCGACAGCGACGUGGAGAACAGCGAGCCCGUCAUCCCCCGGGAGACCAAGUCCCAGAGGGCGUCAGCUUCCAAGCCAAAAUACACCUUCGACUUCUCGGAGGAGGAGGAUGAAGAGGAGGCGGAGGAGGAGGAGGAGGAGAACGGCGACGACGACGCGGCGUCCUCCCCGGUGAGGUCGCUCAAGGACGACUUCUCCUACUCCAACGCCAAGGAGCGCUUCAGCGACAAGUCGGACGAAGACGAGGACGGCUCCUUCAGCCCGGCCAAACAGAAACCCACGUCUGCACCAGCGGCUCCAAAGAAAGAGCCAGCCAGCAUCUUCUCCUCUAAGUCAGCCUUCUCUGAAAAGAGCAAUGACAGCGACGGGUCCAAGUCCGACAGCGACGACAACAACGGCCCGGCCUUCUCGUCCUACUCCAGCAGCUCCGCCUUCAGCAAACCCUCACCAGCAAAGAAAGCAGCUAAGAAGCCGUCGGACCCCAAACCCAAGAAGCCACCAGCACCAAAAGCAAAGAAACCAGACAAAUCCAUCUGGGACUCGGACUCCGACACCGAGGCCAAGAAGCCAGCGGCAGCUCUCAAAGGUAAAGGCCGAGGGAGGAAGAGGAAGGGUUCGGGCUCGGAAGACGAGUACAAUCCCACCAAGAAGGCCCCGAAAGCUGUCGGCAGGGGGAAAAAACGAGCUUAAACGACUCCCGAAACCUCAGAAAUCUCCCUCCGAUGACGACGAAGACGAAGACCUGAACAGUCGGAGCGCCAAGAGCGCCGUUUCCCACGAUCGGGGGGGCCGCGCCAAGAAGGAAGUGAAAUACUUCAACGAAUCGGACGUGGAGGAAGACGACGACGACGACAUGUUCGAUUGAAGCGACUCCUCUGUGACAUUCACUCACUCCACUGUAUGAGACGCUCCUCCCGGUUCCCCACAAACUUUUGUACAUUUCCUGUUUUUUUUUUUUCGUUACUAGUGUCGUUUAAUGAUUUUUAUUGUGUAGGUGUUUUACACUUUUUAUUGAAAACAUAUACAGCUUUGUUUUUUUAUUCUCAUUGAAAUGUUCUGUAUUUGUCCGAAGCGGCUUUUAGAGGUUUAGAACGCCGUGCUUUAGCACAUUUUAACUGUUAAAAUAUGAUGUAACUUUUUGAACAUGAAGUUGAAAGUAAACGAUGAAAUGU